AGGAGUAGGAAUUUCGAUUAGACUCGUCAUCUGUUUUCCUAAGUUAAUGAUAGACCAUAGGUGAUGACGUAUUUUAGGUUUAGUCAUCUGCAGAGUGCGGUCGGAUACGUAUGUUAAGUGUCAUCAUUACUGUAUUUGGGUGAGCUGUCUCUAUAAUAAAGUAAGGGAACCUUAUACGAGGUUUUAUAAAUCGAUCAAAUCGGUAACAUUAGCUUUUCAUUGAAAGGUAACUUGUUCGAGCUGACUGAACUCGCACGUGCGUCAAAAAUCACAAUCCCCUCGUAUCUACUCCACGCCUCGGGUGUCGCAAGCGUCUGUGAUUAUCCAGACAACGUUUCAGCUGGCGGCGCGUCUUCCUGCUGUAUUGUAACACCAGUCUCGGUGAAACGAGAACCGGUCUACACUAAUAGUCAGGUUGUCGGCCGUCGGCUUUUUGAAACACAGUCUAAUUCGCGCGCGUUAAUUGUACACCGAUCAAUCAAUAGCAUGGCACAACUGACCGAUUGCUUGGUGAUUUGAAAGCCACACAACAGCUACAGCAAUGGCUACAGAUAGAAAGGGAGAGUCUGCUGCACGGACGGAUUUACAGACAAGCGAGAAGGACGAGGAUUUGGCGCAUAGGAAGUUAGCAAGACACCAACAAGACGUUAUUGUACAAAUUGAAAGAGUUGACGAGGACCAGAAUGGUUCAGAUUUAGCAUCAAACAAACAAACUUCCUGUGCUUAUGUCAACAACAGUUUUGUGCCUGAUGUAGAGAGCAGUGAAAACACAAAGUACCCAUCAAAGUUCUAUAGUUAUUCAUUUUCUCCUCCUUCGGAAAGAAAGAAAUAUCCUCCGCGAUCCCGUCAUACUUCAGGUAACUCCAAGAUUAUUACCACCAUGGUUCUGGGAAGAUCUCCGGAACGCAGCUCGCCAUGGCGCUUGGACCAUGAGUCGCAACCAAUCCUCGACCACAGGAAAGCCUCCCAAGCACAAAUGGACGACUUGGAUUGUGUGUGAUUGUUUUCAUC